AGCGCUUCACUUCAAUAGGACGCAGUUGGGUGACUUUCGGAUCAUUUUUCUCCAAGAUGCACGGAGAUUGUACCGAUUUAAAAACUUCUACGAACUCAAAAAAGUAUGUCAAAAAUCAUGCUGGGGCUAGGAUCCUCGCUGCAGGUUACACAAAAGAAAAACGAUUGCUGGAAUACUGCAGUGUUAUAUCAUAUGUUGUCCUGAUGUUUGUAUUCAUGUUGUCAUUGGUGCUAAACCUUCAUCUAAAUGAUCUCAGAUACAUACUUAUUGGUUCAUUUUUAGGGAUACUUAGUGCAGACUUUUUAUCAGGCUUUGUCCAUUGGGCUGCUGAUAGCUGGGGAUCUGUUGACUUCCCUUUCAUAGGCCAGGCAUUCAUCAGACCAUUUCGUGAGCAUCAUGUUGAUCCAACUGCACUAACAAGACAUGAUGUCAUUGAAACCAAUGGAGACAAUUGUCUAUUGACAAUUCCAACAUUAUCAUACAUGGUUUAUAAACAUUUGACAUUUGACAGAGUUGUGCUUCAUGAACAUUGUGCUUGGGAUUGGUAUAUUUGCGCUUUAGCGAUCUUUGUUUCUCUCACCAAUCAGAUUCAUAAAUGGUCGCACACAUAUUUUGGUUUACCACGAUGGGUGAUUUUCCUACAAGAUUGUAACAUCAUUUUACCAAGAAUACAUCAUCGGGUUCACCACGUCGCUCCUCAUGAAACAUACUUUUGUAUAACGACUGGUUGGUUAAAUUACCCGCUUGAGGUGAUCAAGUUCUGGCAAGUAUUGGAAUGGUGUAUAACAAAAAUAACUGGUUGCAGACCAAGGACAGAUGAUUUAAUGUGGACUAAGAGAAAAUAAUUUUAUAAAAAAUGAAAUUGCAGAUGAAAUUAAUGCUGUUAAUUUAUUGGAGUAAUCUUAGCCCGUAGCAAAGGGAGGCAAACAUAUGCAUGCCAUAGACCUACACCAUGUUUUCUUGUGACCAAUUUCACAUGUUCAAAUCAUUUUGUACUCUAUGAUAAGAGCUCAUUUUGAAACCUGGAAGUCCUUGUGCUUGUGAUAGUACUUAGAUUCUCUUCCUGUUUCAAUGUUUUAUUUCAUGAUUUGAAACACUGAACUAUUCUUUCAUUGGUUACCAAGACCUGACACAUGAUGUAGUCUAUUUAAAGCUUAUUUAAUGAAGUGUAAGUUAUUAAGUAUUAUAAAGGUCAGUGAAACUGGACAAAAAAAUAGUUAUGGUCAAAGGCAAUCAAUGAAAAAUGAAAGUUAAAUCCUUUUUUGAGGAAAUAACUGUGUAAUUAAUGACCUGUAAAUAUAUACAGAAGGAAUAUUAAAGUAAAA